AUGACCGAUGCAACAAGCGUGAAGAACGUUGCAGCAAUAUCAACAAUGAUUCGCUGCAAGUUGAAGCAAUUCUUUCAGAAAUAUUUCCUAGAAGGGCAAAAAUAUUCAUACGAGGAAAGAACAAUUAUUAAAGAAAAUCAAGAAAGCAUUGAUGAAUUGUUGAUAAAAUAUCGAAAAUUAUUUGGUUUUCUCAUACCAUUUAUUUUUUUCCAAACAAUAUAUUGGUUAUUGGUUUUUCGUUAUAAUUUAUAUUAUUAUUUUAAAGAUAAAUAUGUGAUGACAAUAGUGAUGAUUUUUGGAGCGUUAAUUGGAGGAAUGACAACAGAAGGUGGUGGAGCUAUAGCAUUUCCAAUAAUGACAUUAGCUCUUAAUAUAAGUCCUGUUGUGGCUCGUGAUUUUUCAUUUAUGAUACAGUCUUGCGGCUUAACUGCUGCAUCAUUUACUAUUUUUUUCACUGGAAUAUUAAUUGAAUGGCAUUCGAUAAUAUUUUCAACAAUUGGUGCUAUUUUCGGAGUUAUCAUCGGACUUGAGAUAGUUGACCCCUUAUUGUCACCAGCAGAAAAGAAAAUGACAUUUGUUUCGGUGUUUUUUUCAUUUGCGAUUGCAUUAUUUAUUUUAAAUUCUGAAAAAAAGCGCAAAACAUUUAAUAAAAUUGAUCAAUUUACUCUAUCGAAAGCGCUUAUUUUAAUUAUUAAUGGAUUUAUUGGAGGUAUUUUUACCGGUGUUGCCGGUUCCGGCAUUGAUGUUUAUUCGUUUUCAAUACUUACUUUACUUUUUCGAAUAAGUGAAAAAGUCGCAACACCAACAUCUGUGGUACUAAUGGCAGCAAAUAGUAUGGUUGGUUUUUUCUGGAGGCAAUUUAUGCAAAAUGAAAUUGAACAGGAAUCCUGGGAAUAUUUCUCGGUAUGCUUACCUGUAGUUGUAAUUUUUGCACCAGUUGGUAGUUUUCUUGCAUCAUAUCUCCAUCGACUAACACUUGCUUCAUUUAUUUACAUACUAGAAACAAUCGCUUUGAUUGGUGGUUUGAUAAUAAUUAAGCCUAACUGGCGACUGCUUAUGUUUACAAUGGUUCUUAUCAGUGGCUCAUUGAUAUUUUAUAUGACAAUUGCACGUUAUGGGCAAAAAUUAAUGUUGCAGAAGAUAAAAGCAUCUGAAUUGAAAGAGAAAAUAAAUAACGAAAACGCAAUUGCAUCAAUUAUCUAA